AUGCUACAAAAUAUGUCUGAUUUAGAAGUUAACAAAGAGACACUCAAAGCAUUAGUUCAAAUGUGUAUUGAUAUGCACCAGUCAGUGGUUAGAAAUACAGAAUUAUUCAAGCAUGAAUUAAAUCGUCACAAUUAUGUGACGCCAACAAGCUUUUUAGAAUUAUUGACUGUCUUAUUGAAUUGCAUAUUAACUGAGAUUAUUACAGCACGAAAUCGUACACACACAGGUUUGGAUAAAUUAUUGCACACAGAAGAAGUUGUCUCCAAGUUACAAGAAGAACUGGAAAUUAAGAAACCUGAAUUAGAAAAGGCGGUUGAAGACUCGAAGGCAACUAUGGAAGAGAUUACACGAGAUUCGAAAAUUGCUGAAGAAACUCAUUCGGUUGUUGCCCAUGAAGAACAACAAGCAAUGAAAAAAAGUCCGUGA